UAGCGUUCGUCCGCCUCCGGGGCAACCGGCGUACUUAUUGUGCCAAAGGGAUGAACAUGAAAGGAAAAUUAACGCUAUUGAACCGUUAAAUGCUAAUUUUAGAACAAGGAUUAACAGUGUGUUGGAUGCUCGUCCUCCUCAACCUGGUUUUUUAUCUUGCCGCUUUCCUCAACUCCUUAAUGUGGAAAGAAUAACUUUCUUGAUCAAUGGCCAUUUCAAGACAAGUGGCUACUUUCCGUCUACCACCUCUUCCAACAAUUGGAGAAAUAGUUAAACUGUUUAAGCUGAGAGCUGAAAAGCAGCUGUCCCAAAACUUCCUUUUGGAUCAGAGACUUGCAGAUAAGAUAGUAAGAAGUGCUGGUAAUCUGAAAGAUGCCUAUGUGUGUGAGGUGGGCCCUGGGCCAGGAGGAAUCACAAGAUCCAUUCUGAAUGCUGGUGUUGCAGAACUUUUAUUAAUUGAGAAAGACCCUCGUUUUAUUCCAGGGCUCCAGAUGCUUUCUGAAGCUGCUCCAGGAAAAGUUCGGAUUGUUCAUGGAGAUAUUUUAACAUAUAAGUUGUGCCAUGCUUUUCCAGAGCACCUUAUAAAGAACUGGGAAGAUGAUCCACCAGACAUACAUAUUAUUGGAAAUUUGCCUUUCAGUGUUUCAACCCCUCUAAUAAUUAAGUGGCUUGAGAAGAUAUCUGAAAGGGAUGGACCUUUUCGUUAUGGUAGGACACAGAUGACUCUGACCUUUCAGAAGGAAGUAGGGGAGAGAUUGACAGCUUGUGCAGGAUCCAAGCAGCGAAGCAGACUUUCCAUUAUGUCUCAGUACCUGUGCACUGUUCAUAAGGGUUUCACAAUACGCGGUCAGGCUUUUGUUCCAAAGCCAGAGGCUGUCGGUAUCAACCCAAAUAUUCCUGCAAGCAUGAAGAAGACUCCACCUGCAAAGGAUGUGUGGCUUUUGCUGUCCCUGUCUCCUCCUAAGCGGGUGCACUUCAUUCCCACAGUGGCAAUGCAGAUCCCAAAAGUGGAGAGAAUGCACGACAAAACCAUGGUGGUCCGUGCUGCCUGAAUAUGAACUGGGAGGGAGAGGAUUGAAUAUUUCAGUGUGCAGCUAAACAUCCCGGUGCUGUACCAUGUGCAGUCCAUCCAGAGCCCUUGCAUUUGGGUUAUAGCCGUGAUGAUGUUUGAACCCACAUCUGCAUUCACCUUCCAGUUUGGCAGCAAGGUAGCUAUGAUUGCUCCAAAAACACCAAACAAAGCUAGAAGGAAAGCAAAGAACUGAAGAGCUGCUGAUGCCAUGAUGAGAUCUGCUGUCACCUUUUGUCUGCCUGUUUCUCUUCUGUUGUUGUAAACGUGUGUAACUGUCUGAUAGCUUCCCAGCCAAGCUGUAGCUGUCUGUCUGUGACAGAGGAGCGGGAGGGGGAGAACAGCAGGGGCAGAGGAAAGAGAAGUGAGCAAACAAGGGAGCUUGCAUUCAAAAUCGCAGCUAUCUGAAUGAAUGACUGAACGUGACCCUGCAGCUGAUGAGAAGCCUACAAAAGGCCUGAGCAGCUGUACACAGGCCACUUGGAACACAAAUGAUUAUAAAUGAAUAGUAUAUGUGAGCAGCUAAGCACAAGGAGCUACCCAUUGAUAAUCCACAGUAGCAAGCAGCUCAAAUGCAGCAUUAAAGCAUAAUGGUAAGAUAAUGCAAAUCCCCAAAAAGUAAGCAAAUGCAAAGUUGAGCAAUUUGUACCAUCAUUGACCAACUUGGAAUAACUUCUGUGACACAAGUUAGCAAAAAGAAAACUACCUAGUUCUAGUCCUAUUAAUAGUCUCUCAAAGUCAAAACAAUAACAAUAGUUAAAUGAAAAUAGUUUCCAUAGGAAAUAUUACAUUUUAGUUGAGUUCAAUGUAAUUUUUCCCAAUUGCAAUUUUUAAAAUGGUAGUUCAGUAAGUUCUUUGUGUUUUACAAAGAUUUCUGUUGCUUUAGUAUUAUUUUCUGAAGAACAGAGUUAAGGUUCUGUGUUGGCCAUUCAGGAUUUGAACUAAAAUUUCCUAAGGACUAGAAUUGAACGUAUCCCCGUUCCUUGAUUCAUGGUAAUCACCUCUGAUAUAGUAUCAUCACUGAGAGCAAAUAAAACAGUUACUGAAGACUGAAAGCAAAAUCCACCUAAAGUUAACAUUUAGGUAUUGAGUUUGAAUAGUCAAGCACAUACUCUAUAUCAGUGGUUUUUAACCUUUCCACAGCUGGGGACCGGCAAAAACAGGAAAACCACCUCAGGGACUGCUGAUGCAGAAACAAAAAGCA